UUCCUUUUUUCCGGUUACAAAUUUAACGCUACCGAAAAGUAGGAACAUUGAAAAUUGCAUCAGAACACGUGAAAUAAAUUGUGGUUAAACUAUCAAGAUGAAGUUGUCUUGUAGAUUUUACAAGAACCGUUUUCCAGAAAUAGAAGAUGUUGUCAUGGUGACUGUACGUUCUAUAGCAGAGAUGGGGGCCUACGUUCAUUUGUUGGAGUAUAACAACAUCGAAGGCAUGAUCUUACUCAGUGAAUUAUCCCGACGACGUAUCAGGUCCAUCAAUAAAUUAAUCCGAGUUGGUAGAAGUGAAUGUGUCGUUGUCAUCAGAGUUGAUAAAGAAAAAGGUUAUAUUGAUUUAUCUAAAAGAAGAGUUUCACAAGAAGAAGUUGUUAAAUGUGAAGAAAAAUACGCCAAAGCUAAAGCUGUUAGCAGUAUAUUACGACAUGUUGCAGAAGUUCUAGAAUAUGAAUCAAAUGAAGAAUUAGAGAAUCUCCACAUGAAAACAGCCUGGCAUUUUGAUGAUGUUUACAAGAAACCUGGUAUUGCGUAUGAAAUGUUUAAACAUUCUGUAUUGAAUCCUGAAACACUGGAUGAAUGCGAUAUUGAUGAAAGAACGCGGGCUGUUUUAUUGGAGAAUAUCAAGCGAAGAUUAACACCACAACAAGUUAAAAUACGAGCUGAUAUCGAAGUAGCUUGUACUAAUUAUGAAGGCGUUGAUGCCGUUAAAAGGGCUUUGAAAAAAGGACUUGAAUUUACCACAGAAUCAUUACCAAUCAAAAUAAAUUUAAUUGCUCCACCAUUAUAUGUAGUAACAACCCAGACGUUAGAGAGAACAGAAGGAUUAGAAGUAUUAAAUAAAGCUAUAUUAUCUAUAAAAGAAAGUAUAGAAGCUGAUAAAGGUGUAUACAGUGUACAACAACCGCCUCGAGUUGUAUCUGACUGGGAAGAAUUUGAACUGGCUAAACAAUUAGAACAAUUGGAACUCCAGAAUGCUGAAGUGGCUGGUGAUGAUGACGAUGAGGAUGAUGUAGAUGAUGACGAUGAUGAUGAAAAUGAAGAUGAUAAGGCAGAGGAUGAAUAAACUAAAAAAAAAAAAUAUUGACGUUCAUUUCUGAGAUUUUCUUUUUUCAUACAUGGUGACAAAGAAAGUGAAAGUCAUGCGAAUUGUUAAAAAUGAUUUUAGAUAUGUUCCGUUGUAGUGGUCAGUUUGAAUGCUGAAUUUAAUGUUUGAAUAUUCUAAGUCAUCAUUCAAAUGUUACUCGAAUAUGCGAUACUGUAAAUCCUUUUCAAUAUAUUCUGUUUGUUUAUUUAUAUUUGAAAAAAAGUUGAUUUCAAUAAAUUUAUAGUAGUAAAUAUUUGAAUGGUAAAAAAUCGGUAUGAAAUUAGCCGUAAAAAUUAUUGAAAUGUAAAUAUUCGUAAAUAAGUAGUAAAUACAUGAUGGGAUGCACAACAACAGAUUAGAUUCUUUUAAUAAAUAGUAAAAAAUCGGUAUGAAUAACCGUAAAAAUUAUUGGAAUGUAAAUAUUUGAUGAGCACUACGAAUUGACUGGAUGUUAAUGACUAUUAUCUCCUGUAAUAUGUUACAUGUUAACUGGAUGUUAAUGACUAUUAUCUCCUGUAAUAUGUUACAUGUUGACUGGAUGUUAAUGACUAGUAUCUCCUGUAAUAUGUUACAUGUUAACUGGAUGUUAAUGACUAUUAUCUCUUGUAAUAUGUUACAUGUUAACUGGAUGUUAAUGACUAUUAUCGCUUGUAAUAUGUUACAUGUUGACUGGAUGUUAAUGACUUGUAUCUCCGGUUCAUAGAAUCAUACUAUUAUUAGUGCUCGAGUUGUUUUAUCAGCCAGUGUCUAGACCAACUUGUAAACAAGAUUGUUGGUCAAGAGAAUCAUAAACACAAAGUACAUCAUUUGUUGAGACUAAUUCAUAAAUCCGGUGCCUUAUCCGCAAAAACAUACAAAAAUUUAAGAAUUCAACCUUUUCACUGUCUGAGAGGUAAAAUUUGUGGGAUUUGGCCCCCUGAGUUCACACAACAUUCUCAGACUUAGUUUAAGAAUUUACUCAACUUUCAAUCACUGUUUAUGAGAAAUAUCUUUGCACAUAGUUUCGUAUAGAUGUAUUUGCUACAUUAAAACAACACAAGUUUUAUAAAGAACUAGUUAAAAUAAGGAGAUCAAUUUUGAGUAAAUUCUUAACUUAAGCUAGGGUGGCCCACGCACCUACAGAAAUACAGUCCACCGCUGAUAGUUCGAGACUACCACUGAAGCGUGCACAUUCGCCGUGUCAAGGCCAACUUUCUGACAGUAUGAUACUAUAAAUAGCCAUGGCAUGUGCAAUUCUCUACAAAUCUAUCAACUAUUACAGCCGUAAAAAAAUUAUUGUUGACGAUUUUCAAUAGCAGUGAAAUUAAGCUUCUUGGUUAUUACAGCAGAUUUAGAAAUUACGUUCGUUUCAUUUUUUAAAUCGCUUUAUCAUUAACUAUACCGUUAAGAGCGGCAUCUUUUGGUUUAGUACAAAUAAUAUCUCAGAAACACUCGGGUUAGACAGGAACAUGAUACUAGCUGUAGUUUCAUUUUACUUUUACAAGCUUCUUAAAACAAUUGUUGAGCUAGCUAACGUGCUCAUUUCUAAAUUCAAUUUCUUGUUCUAGCUUUCUGUUAUGUUUCGUAAAAAAGUAGUCUUGAUUAUCCCGACCUGUCAAUCAGCCCUAGAAUGGUCGAUAGACUGGUUAAGCGAGACUAAUUUCAAAACAAGGGCACGUAACCUAUCUUUUACUCAAAAGUGUCUGGAUGUUAGGGACGACACAUGGAACCAGUUUUCAGUCUAUUAUUUAUAGAUGAUUAAUGGUCAUAGCUUAUUAAGUACAACAUGAUCGUUUAUUUAGUGACUAUAAUUGUGUGAAACUGAUUUAAGGCUUGGUAUGUAUAUAAAUAUUGUGGCGAAAUUGUCGAGAUAUAUGGAGAUAUUUAUUUAUGGUGGGUCACCCUACUUAAGCCUGAGAAUGUUUUGUGAAUUUGGGGCCUGAACGUAAUUAAAUGAUAGUAUCCUUAAAUUGUAAGUUUUUGUGGAUUUGACCCCUGAUUGAUGGGUAAAUCGUGAAUUCAAAAUCAAAGUCUGAUAUCUCAUGUUAAACUCUUUCCGAUUUCCUCUCUGAUCUGUAAAAGUGAAUACGAAUUUUAUGAGUUUUGCUAAACACAAGGGAAGUAACUCCUGUUAUCAACUUUGGAUUAAGACCACUAAUCUGAUUCUUGAUCACACGCUGCAGCUUACUUCCUUACACCUCCCAUGUGCCAUUUUAAGCAAUAUUAAUCACUUGCAAACAACAAUACUGUGAAAGUGGAAUCUCUAACAGGAAUACCACUCUAAGAAUGGUUCAAUUCCAUUUUGUAUUUACAAAGAAUGGUUCAAUUCCAUUUUGUAUUUACAAAGAAUGGUUCAAUUCCAUUUUGUAUUUACAAAGAUAUGACGAAUUGUAAAAUUGGUAAACAUCAAGUCUCUUUGUAGACGAUAUAUAGGAUGUUGUGAAAAAUCAUCGCCAACAGAUAAUCUUCGUUUAAAAUCUUUUAGUCCAAUUGAAUCCAAGCCGGCAAGUGAUCGACUAUUGAUACACUUAUUUUAUUAGAGCAAUUUAAUAUUUUCUGAAAACACAAUUAAUGAUGCAUAGAGAAUCUUGGCAUACAUGUAAUAUUUUGAAAAUGGCAGUGUUGAAUUAGAUGAUAUGUUUACUAUUUUAAUGUAUAUACAUAGGACAGUGUAACAAAAUACAUACACUGUUACUGAUAUCACACAUUAGUCUAAAUGAGUAGACAUAAACAUCUACAAUUUGUAUUUUAAUUAUUAUUAGCCUACUUGAGUGAACCAUAUAUUUGGUUUAAGAACAUUUAAAGAUACAUUAUGGAAGAUUAGAUAAAGAGCUGGCAGUUCUCACUAUAAUAGUUACAAACUAGAUAAUGUAAAGGGAAUAUUCUGAAAAUUUCAGAAAAAUUGCUUCACUCUAAGCUGAGAAAACGCAUUUUAAAAUCUUUGUAGCCUCGAUUGUCAUUGUUGCCUUGCCCCUUUCACAAUAAUUAACAAAGUCUCGAUUAUCCAUUUUUGCGUUUAAUCAUCAGCAGACGUUGAAAAGCAGUUUAGAUUCAAAUCCAAUGGAAAUCGGACGGAUAAGAUGGUAUCGAGAGUUGAUUAUCGCCUAGAUAAGUUAAUUAAUGUCUAAUUAAUAAUUUAGAUAACAUUUCAGGUCUAAAGAAAGACCUGCAAGAGGCAGAUUUAACUCUUGCAUAAUGUAUGUUUAAAUGUAUAAUCCUUGAAAGUAUACAAUUUGUAAGUUAAUUAUCAGAUCUUUCAGAAGAUAUUCUCAUACUUACAGACCAAACAUAGCACAAAGUUACAAGACCUAAACAUUGUACCGAUAUAAAAAUGUCAUCUGCAUGGUUUAAGAACAUUUAAUUUAAUUGUUUGAACAUGGCCAAUUUGUAUGUUAAUGAUUAGAUAUUGAAGAAGUUACAGACAUUUGUACAUAUUAUCAACAUUCUAUGAAAAACUCAAUAAAAAUAUUUAUCAGUUUA